AUGGCCAGUGGUGUGUGUUCUCUGGUGGGUAACACCAUACUACUCUAUGUCUCCUAUAAUAAGAAGAUGCUGCUGAAACCAGCAGAGUUCUUCACUAUUAACCUGGCUGUCAGUGACCUGGGCAUGACCCUUAGCCUCUACCCCCUGGCUGUGACAUCUAGUAUCUACCACAGGUGGAUGUAUGGUAAGACUGUGUGUCUGGUCUAUGCCUUCUGUGGAGUGUUGUUUGGUAUCUGCAGUCUGACCACCCUGACCAUCCUCAGUACUGUGUGCUGCCUCAAGGUCUGCUACCCUCUCUAUGGUAACAGGUUCUGCCCAGACCAUGGUCGUAUCCUGAUAGCGUGUGCGUGGGCGUAUGCCCUGGUGUUUGCCUGUUCCCCUCUAGCCCAUUGGGGUGCAUACGGCCCAGAGCCCUACGGAACGGCCUGCUGUAUCGACUGGCAGCGGUCCAACCGGGACAGUGUGGCGAGGUCCUACACGGUGGCACUGUUCCUCUGCUGCUACGUCCUGCCCUCCUGUGUCAUCACUUCRGCCUACUCACAGAUCCUGGUCACGGUCAGGGAGUCACGGAGAGCAGUGGAGCAACACGUCUCACAACAAACACACAUGGGGAAUGUACAGACCACCAUAGUGAAGCUCAGUGUGGCGGUGUGUAUUGGUUUCUUCACAGCGUGGAGUCCCUACGCCCUGGUCUCCAUGUGGGCAGCGUUUGGUCACAUGGACUCCAUCCCUCCGAUGGCUUUUGCCAUCCCUGCCGUGUUUGCUAAGUCCUCAACCCUCUACAACCCUCUGGUCUAUCUGCUGCUGAAGCCCAACUUCCGCCACCUCUUGUCUAAAGACCUUCACUCCCUCCACAGGGCCUGUGUUUUCCAGUGUCGCUGUGUCCGCCACCUCUUGUCUAAAGACCUUCAUCCCUCCACAGGGCCUGUGUUUUCCAGUGUCGCUGUGUCCGCCACCUCUUGUCUAAAGACCUUCACUCCCUCCACAGGGCUGUGUUUUCCAGUGUCGCUGUGUCCGCCACCUCUUGUCUGUCCAGUGUCCGCUGUGUCCGCCACCUCCGCCGCUUCUACUACCACUCCGUCCUUGCCGUUACGCUGGCUAUGCCCGCGGGGAUCAGAAUCAAACUCCGCCCCCAAUGUGGUCACCACUGCUGCCGCAGCCCACGCAGUGCUAUGCUCCUCGCAAUGCCCCUGCGAGCACUGCCAGGAUACGUUUGAGUGUUUUAAACAGUAUCUGAGAUGUUGUCAUGUCAACGUGAACACUGUACAGCUCUCACUACAGGAUAGUGUGUCUCCUGUUGUACCCCCCGCACCAUGCCCUCCCGUAACCCCGGGCAAAACUCCACCCCCGGUCCCCAACGCAAAAAAGAGUGUACGCGUCAUUGUAAGAGGUAGGAAGAGCUCAGAGAUAGACAGUCUAGAGAUCACCUUGGAGACAGUCCCCUCCCACUACAAGGCUGCCAGACCCUGAGAAACACACAGACCUUUAUACACACACGUACACAGCCUCUCUUUUAUGAAUGUAUUUUCUUAACAUCUAUGUCUUAAGACAAAGAUGUGUUUGUUUUUUUACGAAUGUCUGUUUGUAAGGUAAAUCUGUGCCAUUUUCUAAAUCAAAAGUGACUAUUAAUAUAUGAGUUUAUUUAUUUAUUCAUUAGUUAGUUGUACUGUAUGUCUCAUUGAAUAGGUCAUAAUGUUGCAACAGGUUCUUAUCCCUUUAACCAGUACAACUUCACCCAAUCAGAUGUGAGCAGAGGUAGACCUCAACCAACCAGCUCAGAGUUGAGGUGCACCUCAACCAAUCAAUGGCAAUCCCUUUAGUUUUUGGGUAUGAAGAGAAAUAAGAUGAUCAUGACUGGUUUCAAUUAUAGUUUACAUAUUUUCAAAAUAAUAAUUUGUUGACAGUAGAUAUUAACAAUAUUGGUGUGUUGAUGAUGAUAAACCUUACUUAAAGAGAACAUAUUGUUCAGAGCAAAGCUGUGUUUGACACCUUUUCUUUUUCAACAUUGAUAUUUUAGUCUCUCAGAGUUACUAAAGGCAUAAGCUUUCAACAUGUCCCUUUUGUCCACUGUUGUUUCUCUACAGUGUUACAGUUGAAGUCGGAAGUUUACAUACA